AAAUACCUUCGAGAUGGGCAAGUUUAUGAAACCUGGGAAGGUCGUUCUUGUUUUGGCUGGAUGCUAUUCUGGACGCAAAGCUGUUAUUGUUAAGAAAUACAGCCAUGCCUUGGUGGCAGGUCUCAAUUGUUACCCACGCAAAGUAACAGCCAGUAUGGGCAAGAAGAAGAUUGCUAAAAGGUCCAAAAUCAAGUCCUUUGUUAAAGUUUACAAUUACAACCACUUGAUGCCAACCAGGUACUCUGUUGAUAUUCCCCUGGACAAAACCAUUGUCAACAAGGAGGUAUUUAGAGAUCGUGGAGAGGCUAAAAUGAAAUUUGGAAAAAGAUACAAGACAGGCAAAACCAACUGGUUUUUCCAGAAGCUCAGAUUCUGAUUUGUUUUCAACUGAACCAAUAAAUGUUUUU